UCUCGACCAACUCUACGCAUUCUGGUCGCCCCACUUCGCGCCUUCUUAAGUCCGUAGUAGACCGAUAUAAACCGCUAGUAUGGUAGAAUUACUGCACCAAUAGAUACAACGUGAACUCGAACACUCACACUUACCAAAAAAAAAUUUUUUUCACUGAAUUCGUACGACACCAUACCGCAUCAAAAAAACUUUAUAAUAAUUAAUUUUUUUUUUUGAAAAAUGUUCGUGUAUAGUGCCUCGGUUCUGUCGAGCGUCUUGCAAGAAGACGCGACCAAAAAGAUCCUUUUAGUGUUUAUUGCUGUGUUGAUUUUGGUGAGGAGUAUACAGUCUUGGAUGGAGAGCAGAAGUCUACCGCCAGGACCCUAUGGUCUACCGAUCCUGGGCAGUCUGUUGAAGAUCAAAGGCGAUUUGCACCUGCACUAUCGCGAUUUAACUCACAAGUACGGAUCGCUCAUUUCGACGAGGCUGGGCUCACAACUGAUCGUGGUACUCAGCGAUUAUAAGACGAUCAGGGACGCGUUCAGACGUGAGGAGUUUACUGGAAGGCCUAACACGGAAGUUACCUCUAUUUUAGAAGGAUAUGGUGUCAUAAACACGUCCGGAAAACUCUGGAAAGACCAAAGAAGAUUUUUGCACGACGGCUUACGAAAAUUCGGCAUGUCCUUCUAUAGAUCCCGUAAGGAUCAUAUGGAGGCCAGAAUCGGGAUCGAAGUAAGCGGAUUCCUGGACUUCUUGGAGUCCAACAGCGGCCAGUCGGUAGAUCUUAACCCCAUCCUAGCGGUUUCCAUCUCCAACGUGAUCUGCGACAUCCUGAUGUCUGUUAAGUUCUCCUACAACGAUUCCAGAUUUAUCAGGUUCAUGGAACUGAUCGAGGAGGGUUUCAAGCUAUUCGGCUCCCUGGAAUACGUGUUUUUUAUCCCCAUCUUACGCUACCUACCUGGAAACAGCAAGACCUUCCAGAAAAUCGCAAAAAAUCGUGAAGAAAUGGCCGAAUUCUUCCAGGAAUUGAUCGACGAACAUAGAAGGACUUUUGACCCCAGCAACCUGCGGGACCUUCUGGAUACGUAUCUGGACGCUAUCCAGAAAGCUCACGAGGAUGGUGAGGGUGAUCAACUGUUUGAAGGAAAAGACCCUGAUCGUCAGAUGCAACAGAUCGUGGGUGAUCUAUUUUCCGCUGGUAUGGAAACCAUUAAGAGUUCCUUGCAAUGGGCAGUUCUGUUUUUACUGCACAAUCCAGAGCAUAUGAGGGCGGUGCAAGAGGAACUGGACCAAGUGGUCGGUCGUCAGCGGUUACCAAAGUUAGAAGAUCUAACUUUCUUGCCAGUGACCGAGUCUACCAUACUGGAAAUCCUUCGGAUAUCCAGUAUCGUGCCCAUGGGAACCACCCAUUCGCCCAUAAGAGAUAUUAAGUUAAAUGGGUUCCAUCUGCCACGCCACGCCCAAGUAGUCCCUCUUCUCCACGCUGUCCAUAUGGAUCCCAAUCUCUGGCAAGAGCCUGAAAAGUUCGAUCCAUCCAGAUUUAUUAAUGGAGAAGGAAAAGUGCACAAGCCGGAGUAUUUCUUGCCUUUUGGAGUAGGAAGGAGGAUGUGCCUUGGAGAGACCUUGGCCAGGAUGGAAAUGUUCCUGUUUCUGUCCUCGCUUUUACAUAAAUUCGACAUCAGUGUGCCAGAGGGAGACACUUUGCCCUGUUUGAAGGGCAUUGUCGGAGUCACCAUCAACCCCAAGCCCUAUAGGGUGAGUCUGAAACGAAGGCCGAUGGUUGGUGAGGAAGAAUUACUUAGAUCAGCAGGAAGUCACUAGUGUCGAAGUGUAGAAGGGCACGGUCUUAAAAUAGUUCCUACCUCUGAGGCACUGUACUUAAUUAAGUGGGCCUUUGCUACAGUGAAUGUGAAAUAUCCAAUUUAUGAUAUUGAACUUUUUACUAGUUUUACUGUUAGCUGUAAUUAACUACAAAAUAAUGAAUUUCCAAAAGUGGAUUUCCAGUUUUGGACGGCUGUGCAUUUAAAGUGUUCAUAUCCGCUACCUAUUACCCUAGUAUUAGUUAAUUUAAUAUUCUCUUCUCCAUUGUGUUCAUGCGUUGAUGGUGUGCCAUCGCUGAAGUAUUAAAGCUUAAUACUUACUCAUUGUUAAAUUGAGCUUUACAGUCGAGUUAAAUCGACCUGCUCCAGAGCCCCCGUUUGAUAUUUUUUAUAGUACAAUUGCUAGUCAAGCAUAUUCAGUGUUUACCGUAACCUCAUGCAAUUCCUAAUACAUGUUUUACCAUUUUGACUUGAGAGUUCAAUGAUUUUGUUUUGUUUUUUACCAUUUUGUGUGAGGUUGGUUACUACCAAUCCGAGCAUAUACGUUUAACUUUAGGCCGUACCAUGAGUAGAUAUAAUGCCACUAAGGGUCUUAGCCAUAUUGUUUGUAUAUACGGUUUUAAAUAAAGUAUAUAGGUAUUAUUUUUUUAUUUAUGCGUAGUACCUAUAUGUACGGAUUACCAUUUUUCUUGUACUGUUUGCCUUUGGUUCGCAAUUUGUGCAUGUAGUGUAGUUAUAAACAGUUUUAGAGAUGAAGACUUUUUGUUUGUAAGGUUGUUGUUUUAAUAAACUUUUAUCUUAAAUAAGUUGCAAUAAAUUAUUUUAAUAAUUA